AUGCCGUCGAGGUGGAGGGGUGCUGGGAACACGCCCGGACCCUGGACUUUACGUUUGUGGCACCUCGUGCUGUUCGUCAUGGACAAUUUUUACUUCGCUCUGAGCUCGGAACAGCUGCAGAGCUAUCAGGAACGGGGCUAUCUCUUGAUCCGCGCCUUCUUUAACGCGGAGGAGGCAGCACGACUGCGGCAAUGGGCUCAGGAGAUCCAUGACCUUCCACGCACGGCGGACGUGCCGUGGAUGCCUUAUGAGGAAGUCAACGCGGAGGGCAAGCGCGUGCUGUGUCGGACGGAGAACUUUGCCAACUCCCACACCGGAUUUGACAGCAUCCUAAGGGGCCAGCGCGCCACAAGUGUGCUGCAGCAGCUGGCCGGCGAGGAGAUGCUGCUCUUCAAGGAAAAGAUCAACUACAAGCUGGCAGGCAGCGGAGGCUUUGAUCCGCAUAUCGAUGCCAACGCUUAUACACACGUCAAGAACAUAAAGCACCUGACCAUCCUGGCGGCCGUUGACGAGAUGGGCCCCACCAAUGGCGGGCUGGAAGUGGUGGACGGCAGCCACCGGAUGGAGAUUCCUCUAGGGGGAGAUCGAUGCAUUGAGCCCGCCUGGGUCGAGCAGCACCCGUGGACCCCGUGUGAUCUGCAGUCUGGUGACAUCCUCGUGUUUGGAUCCUACCUGGCGCAUCGCAGUGGCGCCAACACCAGCACGAAAGAUCGCAAGGCCAUCUAUGCGACCUACAACUGUGCCGCCGAGGGCAAUCUGCACGAUCAAUACUAUGCAGAUCGGCGGCAGCUGUGGCCGGCAACCCAUAUGCGAAAGGACGGCGAGUCGUACGAGGAGGGCCGGGUGCGCUACGCCUUUGGCUCCCCCAUGUUGACCGUGGAUGCGAAAUCAGUGGCCGCAGUGUAA